CCCACUGAGUGCGACAGUAGCAUCCGCAGCUCGUUAGAACGAUUUAAAAACAAAACACACGUAAACAUUUUUAAACAUCUUUAUUCUGCUGCUGAUUCCGGAAGCUGCAACUUCACCUUUUAAUCACAUUCAUCAACAGGAGCAGCUGGUGCAGGUGUCGUCAUGGGGGAAGUGGAGCUGUCGUGUCGCGCCUACGUGAAGAUGUUCCUGCACGCCACCCUGUUCCCCCGCUGCAGCAUCAACGGGCUGCUGCUGUCGUCCAGCCCGCCAGGGGGCGCUGUGUGCGUGACGGACUGCGUGCCGCUGCUGCACGCACACCUGUCCCUGGCCCCCAUCACCCAGCUGGCCCUCACACAGGUCGACGUGUGGUGUUCGCAGACGCAGCAGAGGAUUGUGGGAUACUACCAAGCCAACGCCUGUGUGACAGACAGCAGCCCGACGCCGUGUGCACUGAAGAUCGCCGAUAAGAUCGCUGAGCAGUGUGAUAAUGCUGUUCUCUUAAUGCUGGACAGUAGUAAGAUGUCUGCAGACUAUCGGGUUCCUCCCAUCGUGAUGUAUGAGCGCAAAGACUCCAGAUGGCUGCUCAAAGACAAACACACGAUCAUGCUGCGGCAGUGGGAGGAGACUCGGGCGAUCGCCGGUCAGAUGCUGGAGUCGGGCGACCACAUGCAGCUGGUGGACUUCGACGUUCACCUGGAUGACAUCACAAAGGACUGGACCAAUCAGAAGCUCAACACCAAGAUCGCAGAGCUGGCGUCGCCGGCCAACGGGAACAUCUAGAACUGUAGCAGCCGUUUUUAACCAGAGUGCGGAUUUAUUUAUGAUCUGACGAGUCGUCCUCUUUAUUUACAAAUGUGAUUUUCCUUUUUCUUUUUUUAUAACCUCAAAAAAAACAGCACAUGUUCAACACCAGAGUUUAGGAAGACGUUUAUUUUUAAUGCUUUGUCAACUGAACAGAGACAUGACAUAGAACAAGCUUAAGUAAGAAAAUGUUGACAGAUCGUUAGAUGAUCUGUGUGUAAUCCUUCUCUACCCCCCCCCUUGUCAGACUGUGCCUUGUGGUCCAGACCUGCUGAUCUGAAGGAGAAAUCCACAUUUAACACUGUUACGCAACAACUGAGGCAUUUCUCUCUCUCUUUCUUCUCUUUCUCUUUUGCCAUUUUAUUCCCUUAGUAUUGCUAUCCCCACAGAUAUUAACAUGAAGCGACACAAUAUUAGAAACACGUUAUAGAAGGAAAGUCCUGCAGCGAGUUGUCGUCUGUUGAAGCUCAGAAAUGUGAGUUUGUGUGAGAAGCAGGUGAUGAUUCAGGUUGAACCUUCAUGAACAUCUGAAUCGAUGCAGUUGAAUCAAACUGGAUAAGUUUCAGCUACGUGUUCCUAAUAAACUGAGCAUCAUGCGGCCCGCUUCUCUAAACUCCUGUUAAGUGACGUGUUGAAAUCUCAACCUUCUACAGAUGUUUUUCUGUGACUCACUGGCGUCGCUGCCUUUGGUAUGUUGCAGAGUUUCUUUGCUAAUGUUAAGUUUGGAAAGCGUAACUUGUGGUUUGAAAGAGGAAACGUGCCACACAGGAUGUGAUCUCAGCCCGUUUCUCAACUCUGAGCUUCAACAGACUGGGUUCACCGCAGGGCACAAGGUUUCACUCGAGGGUGAUUUCUGAUCUCUUGUUAUCCAGAAGCCGUUAGAACAGAGACUGACUUCAAAAUGUCUGAACCAUGUCAGAGUUCAGUGCAACUUUUAAAACACUAAGAUCAAGUUUGACUCCUUUAUAAUAUUAACGUAGUAAUAACAAUAACUCCUAAAAUGCACUGAAAUGUAGGCUCCUUUUUUUCUGCCUGUUUCCUCAACAGUGAAACUUUAUUAAAGGACGACAGUCGAGCUUCUUGUAUUUA